AUGCGACAUGAUACAAUUCAAGCAAGAUGGAAGGCACAACUGCGGCAGCAUAACAGUGUUUUUCAAGGAGAAGCGAUAGCAAUUGCCCAAGCAGUUAACUAUUUGCUCUCCUCUAACAUCCAUAAUGCCACCAUCAAAACCGACAGUUUGUCGUCGUUGCAUGCCAUCAUGAACCCCAACCAUGUCAGUAAAAUAAUACAGGGCAUUCAAGCAAAUCUGCGCCAAUGCAACCUGCACAUCAAGCUUGAAUGGAUCAAAGCACAUGCGGGUCAUCUCGGAAACGAGAUGGCGGACCAACUUGCCAAAGAAGCGGCGUUAGGCCCGACAGAUUUGCAGUUCAAUAUCCCAUGGCCGGUCACAUUUCUAAAGAAGUCACUACGACUUAAAGCCAUUGGCAAGUGGCAACAAGAAUGGGAUGACAGUACCACUGGAAGACGUGUCCACUACCACAUCAGCUAUGUGGACACAGAACGGAACAUUGCCAAUUCACAGCUGGUUAGGUACAUUUCGGGACAUGGACCUUUUCCUGUAUACUUCUACCGAUUUGGCAUCUGUUCCUCAGAUCAAUGUACGUGUGGACACACAGGCUCCCCGGAGCACUACCUAACUUCUUGUCCACUCACAGAGGGACAACAUGUUCCUAUACCAACGACUAACAGACAGUCAUUUUGUAAAUUCCUUAUUAAGCAGCGCCACUUAAUCCAAAAAUCCAUUGGACGUAUGAUGGAUAAGCUGGACAGACCUAAACACAGAUGCUUAUGCAGCACGCAGCAGUCCGCGCAAGCAAGCACAUAG